AUGGGCGACAGAGGAGAGAGAGGGUUCAGGGGGGAGAAGGGCGAUCGAGGAGACCGAGGAGAUAAAACCGUGGAGGAGACGCUGGUGCGGCUGGUGAACGGGUCGGGUCUUCAUGAAGGUCGCGUGGAGGUUUUCCACGAGCGUCGCUGGGGGACGAUCUGUGACGACGUCUGGGACCAGAAGGACGGAGACGUGGUGUGCCGGAUGCUGGGAUACCGAGGAGCUGCAGAGAUCCAUAAGACAGGACGCUUCGGACAGGGUAUGAGAGGGAUCCACACACGCACGCACCCCUUAGAUCGCACUGUAUAUGGGCCACUGAAGAGGCACAUCAACAGCCGCUGUGACAAUUGGAUGAAGACUCAUCCAGGAACCACAAUGACCAUUUACGAUCUGCCGGGCAUUGUGAAGAGUGCCCUUCCUCUGGCUGCAACGCCAUCAAAUAUCCAGGCAGGUCACAGACCGCCCACCACCAGAACCUUCUACCAGUGCAGCUCCAACAUCAACUGUGGCAUCCUCUCCUCCACUCACAGCCUCCUCUCCUCCACUCGCAGCCUCCUCUCCUCCACUCACGGACUCCUCUCCUCUACUCGCAGCCUCCUCCCCUGUCAGGCCAUGUGUGGAGCCUGGGACAUCACCCUCUGCAACGCCUUUCUCACCCUUGUCCAUCCGUCCACAUCUAAAAGCUGGACCAAGGAAGCAGACCACAAAGGGGAGAAAAAGAAGAGAAACAUCACAGACCGCCCACCACCAGAACCUUCUACCAGUGCAGCUCCAACAUCAACUGUGGCAUCCUCUCCUCCACUCACAGCCUCCUCUCCUCUACUCGCAGCCUCCUCCCCUGUCAGGCCAUGUGUGGAGCCUGGGACAUCAUCCUCUGCAACGCCUUUCUCACCCUUGUCCAUCCGUCCACAUCUAAAAGCUGGACCAAGGAAGCAGACCACAAAGGGGAGAAAAAGAAGAGAAACCGCUGUCCUCACAGACACUCCGAUGAAAGAUCAACUCGAGGCUGAGAAAAAAAGAUCUAACGCAAAGAAGUCUAAAGCGAAGACAAAAAUCAAUUUCGGCCAAAACACCAAACUCAACAAGAAGCAGAAGAUGCAGGCUUCAUCUGAUGAAGAUGAGGCCCAAUACAGCAUUGUGUGCCUGGAGAGCUACUCCAGGUCCAAGGAGAUCUGGCUGCAGUGUUGCUCCUGUAAAGCCUGGGCACACAAGGACUGCACAGAUGGAAGCGCCUUUUACACCUGCCACAACUGUGAAUCUGAUUAA